UGUCAAGCUAAGGUAGUAGUAGCUAGGACUAGGAGAGAUGGAAAGGGAGAAGAUGGAGAGGGGCAAGUCUGAGCUGAGGAUGGCCAUCGACGACCUCUGCUUGCCCAGCUCAGGAGAUGGUGAAUAUCAGGAGCAGCAGGGGAAAGUUAGGAGGUCAUCCACCAUGGAUCUCCUCUGUGUCUCCAACCAGCUUCUACGUGUCCUUGAUGCGAUUGGGCCAACGCUUCUAGUCCUCAGACAAGACAUUAAGCAAAAUGUUGAGACAAUACAAUAUCUCCAUGCAAGAGACUCUUUGAAGUAUGCGAGCUUGACGGCGAUCGUGAUAGAGGAAGUGGAGGAAGGGACCUCGAAGAAGGCCCACAGUUGUACCAGGGCAAUUAUCUGGCUGGCUAGAUCGGUGGAUUUCUCGAUACGUUUGCUGGAGAGAUUAGUGAAGAACCAAGAGUCAAGCCUGCAAGAGAUGGUGGAAGAAGCAUAUGAGAGCACCCUGAAGCCAUUCCAUGGAUGGAUCUCAUCAGCUGCUUACAGGAUGCGAUUGGGCCAACGCUUCUAGUCCUCAGGCAAGACAUUCAGCAAAAUGUUCAGAGAUUACAGGAUCUCCAUGCAAGAGACACCUCGAAAUACACGGGCUUGAUGGAGAUCGUGAUGGAAGAAAUGGAGGAAGGGACCUCAAAGAAGACCAACAGUUGUACAAGGGCAAUUAUCUGGCUGGCUAGGUCGGUGAAUUUCUCGAUAUGUUUGCUGGAGUGAUUAGUGAAGAACCCAGAGUCAAGCCUGCAAGAGAUGGUGGAAGAAGCAUACGAGAGCACCCUGAAGCCAUUCCAUGGAUGGAUCUCAUCAGCUGCUUACAGGGUAGCAUUGCGACUCAUUCCAGAGAGAGACAUCUUCAUUGAGUUGCUAAUGGGGAACUGCCAGGAUACCGGGGAUUUUGGGGAAGAUGUCAUGAUCUUGGUCUCCAUUGUACAGCCUCUGCUAGAGGAGAUCAAUGUCAUCUACAGAUGUCUGCGUUGUAUUUGUUGUUGUACCUGUAGUUUAAUAGCCGGUUGGAUGUAUCGUGUCAGAGGACUUAAAAUAACUGAAGCACAAUGCAUCUCUUGUUUUUCCUUUUGA